AUGCAAACCUACGUGGGUAUUGAUGGAUCACAAAUUUUAUAUGAUCCUCAAUCUGGUAAUAGCUACACACUCAUUGGUAACAAAUUCAACAAUGACAACAAUAAUUAUAAUGGCAACUAUAGAUACGCUCAACAGUCAAAAAAUAACAUGCCGCAAAAGUAUGACAACGGGUACUACGAACAAUGCGGAGCUCAUUCACAUAUGAGUACCAGCACGAAAAGUCAACAACAACAAUAUCAACACAAAUACCAAAAACAAACGAACACGUGGCAGAAAAGUGUACAGCAGAUGGAUUAUGAAGAGAACAACAUUCCGGUAGUUUCAAUAGAUAAUGAAAGAAGAGAGUACGGCUCAGCAAUACGCACAAGUACUCCGGAUCAACGUCAACGAGAACAAUGCAACUUAAUUACAACAGAAGAUCACUCAGAUGGCUCAGCGAACAAUUUUUCAUCACAACAUCCAUUCUCCUCAGAUCCAAAACGACCACUCAAUGAUAGCGGAGAAUUCGUUAUCAAAAGCUCAAAUAAAACAAGAAAGAAAUCGCAUCAUAGAGAAGACCAGCAAACCAACACCAUCACCAACGAAAACGGAAAACCCAAUUAUCCAAUUUCGGUGGAACAUCUUCAAAGAGCAGUUUUAGCAAGGCCAAGAUUCAACUAG